UUUCGCCAUAAAACAUCAAGAAGAAGGUUCUCUACGUCAUCAAAAAGAGCCACGCUUUAGACCCGUGCUCGGAGUGAAAAGAACCUCAGGAGUCCAGAUUUGACGGUUCUUUCAGACUCAGCUCCCGAUGUGUCAGGUGGACGAAGACUACCAUGGUCAGCUGGAGCGCCCGGGGGGGCCCAGCGUUUCCAGGAAAUGUGUCAAAUGCAAAGAGGCUCCUGCAGCUGUGGUCAUCAGAGCAGGAGAUGCAUACUGCAGGGUGUGUUUCAAGGAAUACUUCAUUCAUAAGUUCAGAGCCAUGCUGGGCAAAAACAGGAUCAUUUUCCCUGGAGAGAAGGUGCUGCUGGCUGUAUCUGGAGGCGCUUCUUCCUGCUCGAUGCUCAGUCAAGUCCAAGAGGGCUUGAGUCAGAAUGCUCACAAGAAGUUGAGGUUCUUACCUGGGAUUGUCUACAUUGAUGAGGGUGGUGCUGUAGGUCAGUCUGUGGAGGAGAGACAGAGGACGGUGGCUGAGCUGCAGGCUGUGCUCAGAGCGACCGGUUUCCCCUUCCACAUCGUGCCUCUGGAACAGGUUCUGGACCUUCCCAGUUCAGUUGUGGUGGCGGCCCCAUCCCCGUCAGAGCGACCGGCCAGCGCCUACAAAGCGGCUGUGGAUCGCUUCCUUCAGGUGGACAGCAGCAGCUGUUUGACAGCACAGGAACAGGAGGAAACAUCACUGCCCGAUGUUCAGGAGGCGCACACACGGUCACUGCAGCAGCUGAUUGGCUCUGCUAAGACGCUGACGGCCAGAGAAGACCUGCUAAACACUUUAAGGCAGCAUCUGCUGGUGCACACGGCUCGCACUGAAGGCUACAGUAAGCUGAUGCUGGGAGACAACUGCACCAGACUGGCUGUUAAACUGCUCACCAGUAUAUCACUGGGCAGAGGAGCACAGCUGGCUCAGGACACGGGUUUCUCAGACUCCAGGUAUGGGGACAUCAUAUUAGUGAGGCCAAUGAGGGACUACGCAGCUAAAGAAAUAGCUUACUACAACCGUAUGUUCAACGUGCGGUCUGUUUUCAUACCCAGCCUGGACACUAAGACAACAGACAAGGCCAGUAUCCAGCGUCUGACAGAGAGCUUUGUCACUAAACUGCAGGCGGACUUCCCCUCGACCGUCAGCACCAUCUACAGGACCAGCGAGAAGCUGCAGACAGCAUGUAAGAGCUCCACCACCGCUGACCACUGUGACCGCUGUCUGCUCUGUAUGUGCGCCCUGGAUACUGCUGUUGAGAGUGCUUCAGCCUUUAAGGCCACUCUGAUCUCAGAGCAGCUUUCCCAGACUAAGUCUCCAGGAGCUACCAGUGCUGACCCAGCUCCAGUGGAGUCAGAGUCAACGGCCGCCCCUGGACAGUGCUGUUCCUCUGGUGGAGAAGAGGAUUGUGGGAUGGCAGCACAUGCUGGAGGCUGCUGUUCUUCUGCCAAGCAAGAGGCACCAGAGACACCUGACGUGAAGAGCCUGCUGUGUUACAGCUGUCAGCUGACCAUCAAAGACAUGAAACAGUAUGAACACACACGUAGGCAGUGCGUCCUGCUGCUGAUUGUCCUCCUCUGUCCUGUCCUCGUGGCCCUUUUUCCUUCCAGUCGUCGGUGGAGCGUCUGCCGCAGUACAUCCUGUCGGAGGCUCAGCGGAGGCGAAGGAGGUCUCUGAUGAGAGAGGAGAUCAGUGAGUUCCUGCUGGAUGAUGGUGACGAAGGCGAUUAGAGGGACGAGGCAGAGUUUGAUGAAACCGAAGUGAAGCUGAAUGUGAAAAAGCGUCCAUCACAGUUUUGCUCGUUUCAACCUGAAGGGAGGGGGGGAAUUUCAAACGCGAAUGCUUAACAGAUAUAUUGACAUGUAUAGACUUUUUACAAAACCAGCCAUCCAUUAUCUACAUCCUGUUAUCCUGUGCGGCGCCCCGGGGCCGGGGCCGGGGCCGGGGCCGGGGCCGGGGCCUACCCUACCCCAGCAUGCAGGAAGUGAGAUGUGGCACGCAAUACUCGCACAGGAUUGUACAACUCUGGAAAUGAUCACAGUGGCAAGGUCAACAGUAGAAACGCAGCGCUCACAUUAAGUAACCCAGCGACCUGCACUCGCAUGUCUCCGAGGGUUGGAUGACAUCGCGUUGCAUUGCAACAAACGUUGAGCCUAGUUCAACUUUUGUUGCUGCAGCUUCUGAUAAGAGAUCAGUUUGAUUCUGUAUUUGUUAUUGCUGUUCUAAUAAACUUUUAAGUGUGUAUUUAAAGCUG